GGCUAAAGCACCUCUGUUGCAGUGAAACAACCCUCGAAUACAAGACUUCGGACUUCCGCACCCACUAUAUGUGGUUAUCACAUAUGAGGCAUAGGAAUGCUGAGUUUAUCACAUGAAAGUGCUGCUAACAUAGUGAGUGACCUUGGAAUGAGGCACUGUAUUUACUUGGGUGCCGGGUUUGGAAGAAGCCAAAGGCCGAAGGGAACAAAGGGGCCUCUGUGAUCUUCGUCCUUAGCGAAGACGAAGCUAUGUCUCAUCGAGGUCUCACAUCAGAUAAAAGGGCCAGGCGUUUCCUGCCCGAACCUGUCGAAACUUCUUCCCGCAGUUCUAGGGACCCUAAGGCUACCUUCCGAGAAACCAGCCCGUCGACACAGAAGGGCUCACGAGGCUCCAACGAACAGUCACCUAAACCUAAGAAUAGCUCGCGUCAACUUGUAACAGAAAGGUCUCCGCAGCCCGUCCGCGAUAGUUCUGGAACGAAUGAUAUAGUUUCAGGGCCAGCAGUCAACGAAGCCGUUAGCUUAACUGUGCCAACUGGGGUGGCCCGGGAAGACAAGCAAUUCAAGAAAGAACCACGCUCUGUAGGUCCGAGAAACUCCGUGCUCCUGUUUCCCAGGAAAUUCACACCACAACUCGUGGAGACUGGCAAACGAUCGUUUCGGCGACAGCAGAUGAGGCAUAUUCAUCACAGUGAAAGCAUACCAGAAGCAUUGCCUCGAUUUCCAAACCACGAAAGUAUUAAGGACCAAUUCGCCGAUGAUGUCACCGGCAUAGAAGAGUCUUGUUUUUCAUAUGCAAAUUUGCAACGACGCCAGGAAACCAGAAGACAUUCUUUCCGAAUACCUGAUCUUCCUGCAAUUCCAUCGAGUUGUAGUGAGGAUUCUGAUGAUUCAGAAGUUUCUCCAGGGCAACCAUCAUUACCUACUACUCAUCCUGGGCCUUCUAUGAGACAGAAGACUCAUUUAAAUGAGCGUCAUGCAAAUCAAUUAUCGGAGUAUGUGGUAGCUCUAGCAGCCCAUUCUGCAGAAAAUCAACUAAAGGAGCAGGCCCUCGCGGCUUUCCCUAACGAACAAGUCUAUCAGCCCGUGGAUCACUUCGCAGUUGAUAGAGAGGAUGAUGACUCUUCGAAGGAUGAAAAGUUGCAAGUCCGUACAAACAUAUUUACAUCAGGCAUCCAUCGAAGGGCCUCGUCCGCAGAUCUACCAUGGGAACUCGAGUACUUGCGCAGGCAUAAGGAGGAGGCCGAGAUGUGUGAUCGUGCUAUGGCUGGAACAAAAGGACUGCAUUUCUCACCUACUGAUAGGCGACCUUUUGACGGAGUGAGCGGGUCUUGCGGAAACUGGGCCGGUGGGUUUGGUUUGACACAAAUCAAGCCAGGCAUAAGCCCGCCCAUGCUUGGAGAGGAUCUUGUAUUUCCGCAAAGUGUUUCACCCGAAGCGACAAUAUGUGAGAGCAGCAAUGUUGAACAUUACGUCACGCAAGAAAAACAGUAUCACAAUGCUGGGCUUUGGUAUGCAGACCGCCACCUUUUCGAUGAUUCUGAUGGUGGCGGUCUUUGGAUGGGAACUUGUAAAUCCAACAAGCGCCUUUCGCGGUUGGACGUUUCGCAGUCAUCGAGCCCGCGGUCAAGCGGCAAUGCCGGUGGAUAUUCUCAAUGCUCAACCGAAACCCUCACAGGUCAUGAGAAUUGGCCGUCGUUGGAUUUCUCAAGGGAUGCCGAAAGUUUGGACUCGAGGCACACGAGACAACAUGCUAGCGACCAGGACCUUGAUCAUGAGUUGACUGAUAGCUUUGUGACUCAGAUCUACAAUUAUUUGUCCCUGGGCUAUCCCUGUGUUGCGCGCUACUACGACCAUGAGCUCAGUAUCGUUUCUGGAAUCUCUGUAGCAGAUCUUAGACGUGAUGACCUCAAGACAGAUGCGAAGGGUUACGUCAGCGUCAUGGAUGAAGGUCCAACGGAUCGGAAGGUAGAGAAGGGCCUAUGUAUGCGAUGGAUGGCACUGCGUUUAUAUAUACAAGAGUGGGCUAGGAAACGGCCCAAAGUGGCUGACGACGGUAUUCAUGGAGCAUGGGGGGUGUGUGAACGAAAGGGUAGCUGGGCCAUCUGAUACAGCUCUAUUAUGAAAGAAAGAACUGUCCUGAAUCAUAUGUGAAAACUCAGGAUACAAGAUCUAGGUAUGUCUCAUAUUCAUGGGUGGCAUUAUUGUCUUCUUUUGCAGGGUCCUAAGCGAUGAAACCACGGCUGACACAUCAAUCGCAUUGGUUCUAUCCAGACUAAUACUACCUCAAACCUGC